ACCUUAACUCUUGUCACUAUUUUAGGUUUUGUCAAAAACCCACCCGAGUCAUGGCUCUACAUGGAUCUAGCUCUUGCUACAAGGUAAAUUUUAUUGAUAUAAGAGAGUUUAAGAGACAGCAAUGUUCAUGGAUCAAUAGUUUCAUGAGAAUCCAUAGUUUCUCUUCACCUUCCCUGAAACCAAACAUAUUUUUGUCUGAAGGACAUCAUUGUCUUAAAAAGUUGCACAUCGGAGGAGGAAUCCAACCCUUUGCACAGCCUGCCCGCUUAUUGUCAUUAAGAGCAUGUCAAGUAAGAAGUGAAGAUUCAGAGGAAGUAUCAAGUGGUGAAAGCAUUGUAUUGGAUCAGCAGACCUUAAUGCGUGAGCUUCAGGUUGCUAUUGAAGAAGAGAACUAUACCCAAGCUGCAAAAAUCAGGGACAGGCUUAAGGUACUCCAGGAAGAUAGCAAGGCUUCAGUACUGGCAACAAAUGCUCGGUUUUAUAAUGCUUUCAGGAAGGGGGAUCUGGCUGCCAUGCAAUCCCUUUGGGAAAAAUCAGAUAAUGUAUGUUGCGUGCACCCAGGUGCUAGUGGGGUUCUAGGUUAUGAUGAUGUCAUGGAAAGCUGGGAGCUUGUAUGGAUGAACUAUGAUUUCCCACUAGAUAUUGAGUUGAAAAAUAUUAGAGUGCAUUUCAGGGGAGAUUUAGGUUAUGUUACAUGUGUAGAAUUUGUGAGAACAAAAGGUCGCAGUUGGGGGGCACAAUUUGUAACAAAUGUUUUUGAGAAGAUCGAUGGUCGGUGGUUCAUCUCCAUUCACCAUGCCUCACCUGUUGACUUGUAAGCUCCUCACAAUUACAUCACAAUACAUGCAAAAGAUGAUUGCCCCUAUUUUAAUUAUGUAGAUUCACUUGCAUCACAGUUCAGUCC